UAAUAGUCUAUAUACAUCACUUAAGCCACAUCUUAAAUAUAUAUCUAAUGAAACACAUCUACUACAUACCACUCACUUCACUUCUAAAUUCUACACCACACUAGCUCAAUAUCUUUCUCUCUCCUAAACUCUUAAACUUAUCAUGAAAAACAAAAACACUCAUCACCUACUUCUUAUUGCUGCCUCAGCACAAGGCCACUUAAAUCCCACUCUCCAACUUGCCAAACACCUCACACGCGCCUCCUCUACUAUACAUGUUACCUUUGCCACCAUGGCCAACGCCGUCGCCCGUGUCAACCUCCCCUCCUCGACACCGACCCUCGAUCGUCUAUCCUUCGCCACCUUCUCUACGGGGUUCGACGAUGGCGUUAAGCCGUCGGACGACCCGAAAACCGUGGCCGAGAAGGCUAAGCGCGUGGUGUCCACGUCCCUACAUGAACUCAUGGUUUCUCUUUCUAACGAAGGUCGCCCCGUCGACCUCUUGGUUUACACCUUGAUGCUCCCUUGGGCCGCCGACGUGGCGCGUGAACUACACGUUCCAUCUGCUUUGUUGUUUAUUCAAUCAGCAACUACUUUUGCUAUUUAUAACCGUUUUUUCAACGGUAAUAACGGAAUUGAUAAUAAAAGCCCUCAAAGUUGUAUAGAAUUACCAGGGUUGCCACUCUUUGAAAGUUGUGAUCUUCCUAGUUUUCUACUGCCCUCAAGUCCACAUUAUUUUGCUGCUCCCACUAUUGAGGAUCACAUCAGAGCCCUUGAAAGGGAUUUCAAUCCAACGGUCCUGAUUAACUCGUUUGAUUUUCUAGAGAAGCCUGUGAUAACAAUGGCCGUUGAUCAUGUGAAGAUCAUCACAAUCGGACCGUUGAUUCCGUCCGCCUUUUCGGACAUGAUUGAUCCAUCUGAUACAUCAUACGGCUGUGAUUUGUUUGAAGGGUCUAAGGACUACCUUGUAUGGUUGGAGAAAAAAGCAGAGAAAUCAGUUAUAUAUGUGUCAUUUGGAAGUAUGGCAGUUAUAAAAAAGAAGCAAUUUGAGGAAAUAUUACAUGGGCUUGAAUUAAUGGGCCGGCCUUACUUGUGGGUAGUUAGGGCUAUGACCCAUAAUAAGAUAGUGGGAGAUCAUGAGGAUGAGGUGGUUAUAGAGGAUAUAAUAAAAAAUGGGCUUGGGCCGGUUAGUGGUGGCCCACAUGAAAAAGGGUUGAUUAUACCUUGGUGUUCUCAAGUGGAAGUGUUAAGUCACCCUACAAUAGGGUGUUUCGUGACACAUUGUGGGUGGAACUCGAUAUUAGAAAGUAUGGUAAUGGGAGUAUCGAUGGUGGGUGUCCCACAGAUGUCGGAUCAACCUACCAAUGCUAAGCUGGUGGAGGAGGUUUGGGGAGUGGGUAUCAGAGCGAAAAAGAAUGAGGAGGGUACUUUUGUGGAUCGAGAUGAGGUCAGAAGAUGUGUAGAGAUAGUGAUGGGAGAUUGCGAAGUUGGACAAGAGAUAAGGAGAAAUACAAAGAAGUGGAUGGAGUUGGCCCUAGAAGCUAUGAUGGAGGAAGGUUCCUCCAACAAUAAUCUUGAAUGCUUCUUAGAGGGCAUUCAAAAUAGCAAAAUGGAGGGACCCUUAAAAGACAAAGUAGCACUAUUUGAAGAGGAAAUUGUAGAAAAUGAGGAAACUUUUGGAAAGAAUACUUCUUUUGAAAGUAAAAGUAAAGAACAUGAUCAAGAACUUUUAGAGAAGAAUAUUGAGUCACAUAAAGAGAGGAAAUCAUAGAAAAGCUAAGGAUAAGGAACUUUUGAGAAAAGAAAAAUGGAUAAAAGUCUCAUCUUGAAGGAUUUUUAAUUUACUCUACAUCAUAGACCGUAAGUCCAUAAUUAGCCUUUUAAUACUUUUGAUUUUUUUCAUUAGUUAUACUUAUAUAUGGAAAGUGAAAGUAGAGGUUAACUUGGUUAACCUUAUUGGUUAAUUUUAUUGGUUGUAGAUUUUGUAUUAACAUUCUAUGUUGUAUGUGUUUCACAACUAUAAUCCAUGAAUGGCUCGAGCAAUGUUUUGGAU